AGAUCAGAGGGUUUAGCAGAACAGACAACGUGAUACCUUCUCAACCGCAGAGGAGAAGCUGCACUUUGCUGGCUCCGUUUCACAGAAGACAGCAGCUCUCAGACUCCGUCCAUCUCUGCUGCCAUGGCCAGACGCAAGCCCAGGAAAGCGCAGUCAGAAGACGCUCCCAUCAUGUUGGAGACACCACCAAAGAUGUCGAAGAAAACCAACUCCUCUUCUCCUCCAGCUUUGCUGUUUAUUACCCUCACGGUCGGGGCAUGUAUUAUGGGCUGGUUCUACAUGCAGCAGCAGCAGCACAGCAUCGGCCAACUCUCCGAGUCUUUCACAACAAUCAACAAGAGAAUCACAAACUUCCAGCAGGUGAUGGACGCAGAGGACGCACAGUCUGAUCCAGGUCUGCUGGUGGAGGAGAGGAUCUUUGCCCUGGAGGAGUCUCAGAAACAGGCCCAGGAGAAAGCUGAGGUCGCCCUGGCCACAUCAGAGGAGCUGAGGAACUCUGACCUCCUCUCACAACUCUGGGCCCUCCACGCUGAGAUGAACACCCUCUGGGAUGAAAUAAAGCAGGCUGCUUUGUCUGUCACAACCCUCCAGGGCAUGUUCAAGAACCAGAGCGAGGGGUUCAAGGUCACGAAGGAGAGGGUCAUGGCUGGUUUGAGUUUCAGCUCAGCGCUGACUGAAACUGUGGCCGGCCUGACCAGCACAUGCUCAAGAGUUGCUGAGCAAGGCGCAUUAGUGGAGGCUCUAAAUGCACAGUUAGAAGGACAAGCCUCAGAGCUGAAUGACCUGAGAGAGCUGCUGUACCUUCAUAAUGUUGCACUUCACACACACAACCAGGAGAUAGCUGCAAUAAAGGAACUUGUAAAGGCUAAGCAGGCCAUGCGCGCCCAGGCAUUGCAGGAGACACUCAGUUCAGUCCGGAUGACUCUGGAUGAGCAGUUUUUCACUUCACAGACCCUCCACAGCAGGAUCAUGACUCAGCUGCACACUUUCCACUCCCAGCUGGCAAACGGACCAUCUAACCACAAAUCAACCGAGGAAGGCCAUCCAGUUGAGAAACUAGUCUCAAGCACAGCACAGGAUGUAAGUGAGCUGCAGGAAAAGAUGGAAGAUGCUCAAGAAAAGGCUGAGGAGGAGGAUGUCAAUGAUGGCACAGAGGAGCAAGCAGAGGAGGACAUAAUGCAGGAGGAACAGCUAACAGAAGAGAACAUGGAUAGGGAUGUCACUGAAACACAAGAAGAAGAUGAAAGUACAUCAGAAGAGCAAGUAGAGGAGGAAAUUAUAGGACAGAGUGAAGAGCAGGAAGACGCUGACGAGACAGCAGAAGAUGAGGCAGCAGAAGAUGAGGCAGCAGAAGAUGAGACAGAAGAAGAUGAGACAACAGAAGAUGAGGCAGCAGAAGAUGAGACAGCAGAAGAUGAGGCAGCAGAAGAUGAGACAGCAGAAGAUGAGACAGCAGAAGAUGAGGCAGCAGAAGACGAGGCAGCAGAAGACGAGGCAGCAGAAGACGAGACAGCAGAAGACGAGACAGAAGAAGAUGAGACAACAGAAGAUGAGGCAGCAGAAGAUGAGACAGCAGAAGAUGAGACAGCAGAAGAUGAGGCAGCAGAAGACGAGGCAGCAGAAGACGAGGCAGCAGAAGACGAGACAGCAGAAGACGAGACAGAAGAAGAUGAGACAACAGAAGAUGAGGCAGCAGAAGAUGAGACAGCAGAAGAUGAGACAGCAGAAAAUGAGGCAGCAGAAGACGAGGCAGCAGAAGACGAGGCAGCAGAAGACGAGACAGCAGAAGACGAGACAGAAGAAGAUGAGACAACAGAAGAGAACACAGCGGAUCACAUGUUGGAGGAGCCUUUAGAAGAAGACGCAUCCAAGCAUGAGGAAAUCUUAGCUGAAUUAAACCAUGAUGGCAUCAUGGACACACGCACGGAGGACGAGUAGUUGUGCAUAACACUCCAGUACAUGUAACUUUCAUGCAAAUCACUAUUUCCAGUUAAUGACAUGACUGUGAUUUUAAAGUCUUACAUACAUUAAUGGGAACCAUCUUCACAUGUAGCUUCGGUACAUGGCUGCAAAGGAUUUAAAACAUUUGUUUUAUGGCACACUGGUGGAGUUAUCUGCCAUGCAGACUGUCAGCUGAGUUUUCUCUCCCACCAACCCCUCAGUUUGACACAUAUGUGAAAUAUUCAAAUUAUAUAAAUAUAAGUACUGAUUGCAAGGGUGAGGAUUGCAACUGUUAAUGCAAGUCAUUAGAAUUAUGGGAACAAUUUCAAGCAUUAAACAUCAACAAAGGGACCUGAAAAUUAGAGCAACAUGUUCCAGAAAGGAAAAUGAAAGUAAGAAACUAAAAUAUUUCCAACAGUUGUUCAGAUUCCACUGUUGAACUAGCUCAUUACUUUUUAGAUUGUGUACAAAAUGGAUUUUAAUGGCUUUUAAUUAAUGAAACUGUUUAUCUGUGAUAAAUUAACAUUAGCAGAGUAUGAAAUUAAAAACAGCAUGAAUUGACAAUUGUGUUUUUAAGAAGAAACAGAAGAAAAGCAUGGCUCUACUUGUAAUUUAACACAAGCACAUGUGUGCUGCCUCACUGUAAAGUUAUUUAUGGUACAACUGUACAUGCUGUACAUGUGAGUACAUAUGAUUCCAUUGGUACAUACAGUUCUCUUGUCAUGAAGCUCUUUUGUGGAAAGUACUACUUUCUGCCAGCAGGUGGUGUCUGGAUACUUCAAUGAGGAUGAAGAAUCAACAAAUGUGAUCUAGGAACCGAAACCUUUAUCUUUCAUUCUACAAAGAGCAUCUGUGGUGUCUUUUGUGAUAUUUAUUACAAUAGCAAAAAAGAAAACUCUUAUUCUUUUUGUUGCAAACUACAUUUAGCCUUACUCCUCAGCCUUCUAAUAUCAUCAGACUUCUGUUAACCUUCUAUGUCAUCUUCUGGACUGAAGCUAAUGGAAAAACAAUAGCAAGCACAUUUCCAUUUAUUUCACUGACAAUUGGGCAUUUUUUAAAAUCUUAUUUACAUUUUUUGAUGAGCUUGCAGCAGAUACAGACUAUAGGUUUGUUCUGACAACUAACUCUGACUCUGGAAUUAAUAAGAAUAUGAAGCAGAAUAUAGAAUGAAGCCUCUGCUAUACACUACCAGUCAUAAGUUUGGACACACCUCAAUGUUUUUUCUUUAUUUUCAUGAUGACAGUAUUUACAUUGUAGAUUCUCACUGAAGGCAUCAGAACUAUGAAUGAACACAUAUGGAACUAUGUCGUAAACAAAAAAGUGUGAAAUAAGUCUAAACAUGUUUUAUAUUUUACAUUCUUCAAAAUAGCCACCCUUUGAUUACCGCUUUGCAUACUCUUGGCAUUCUCUCUAUGAGCUUCAUGAGGUAGAACCUGAAAUGGUUUUCACUUCACAGCUGUGCCUUGUCAAGGUUCAUUUGUGGAAUUUCUUGCCUUCUUAAUGGGGUUGGGACCAUCAGUUGUGCAGAAAUCAGGUUGGUACACAGUUGACAGUCCUAUUUGACAACUGUUAGAAUCCAUAAUAUGGCAAGAACCAAUCAGCUAAGUAAAAAGAAAUGACAGUCCAUCAUUACUUUCAGGACUGAAGGUCAGUCAGUCCGGAAAAUUGCAAAAACUUUGAAUUUAUCCCCAAGUGCAGUCGCAAAAACCAUCAAACGCUACGAUGAAACUGGCUCACAUGAGGACUGUCCCAGGAAAGGAAGACCAAGAGUCUCCUCUGCUGCUGAGGAUAAGUUCAUCUGAGUCACUAGCCUCAGAAAUGGCAAGUUAACAGCAUCUCAGAUUAGAGCCCAGAUAAAUGCCACACAGACACAUCUCUACAUCAACUGUUCAGAGGAGACUGAACCAAUCAGGACUUGAUGGUCAAAUAGCUGCUAAGAAACCACGACUUCAGGACUAUUUCAGGUUCUACCUCAUGAAGCUCAUCCAGAGAAUGCCAAGAAUGUGCAAAGCAGUAAUCAAAGCAAAGGGUGACUAUUUUGGAGAAUCUAAAAUACAAACAUUUUUUGACUUAUUUCACUUUGUUUUUUUUUUUUUUACUAAAUAUUUCUGUUUGUGUUCAUUCAUAGUUUUGAUGCCUUCAGUGUGAAUCUACAAUGUAAAUAGUCAUGAAAAUAAAGAAAAACUAUCAAAGGAGAAGGUGCGUCCAAACUUUUGAGAGGUAGUGUAUAUCACCACCUGAGAACUCCACCACCUCCAGCAUGCAGAUUGUAUUGGAUGGCUUUUCAUCCAAAUAUUUAGUAAUAAACCUUUUCAGUAUCAAUGUA